AUGGAGAAUAAAAAAACAAAUGUAAAACCAAUCCGCUUCGUUCGACAAAAAAUAGUUAAUACUUCCAAGCGAAGAAAAUCUCUGAAUAAAAGUAAACUUGAAUCUUUUCUAUAUAAAUUUAAGUUACAGCAUUCUCCUGUUAAUUUCAGGCAACAACAAGACUUGACGAAUCUAAAACCCAUUAGUCUCAAACAAGUGCAAUAUAUAACAAAUCCAGCUUCUUUUAAUUCCAAGAAACAACGAGACAUGUCUAAUUCAAAAUCUAGUAAUUUCGAACAACUGCAAAACAUUGCUAGCCCAAUACUCGAUAGUUUCAAACAAUUGCAAGAUAUAACACUCUUUGAUUUCGAAAAAAAUAAAGAUAUAGUGAACCCAUCGCAACAAGGCGUAGCAAGUAUGCCCUCUAUUAAUUUUGUGGUGAGUUCACCACAAGACAUGACUAGCCCAGAAUUUAGUCAUGAAUCAGAAAUUACUAUUGUAUCUACAAUUGGAUUG